AUGGCUUAUCUAAUUAGUAUACUACAACUAAAAAAUGCCCGUGGUGGUUGGGCAUCCGGCAGCCCCGGUACUAACUCCGCCACUGAUUACGGUCUAUGUGUUGAUAAUAAAAUUCAAGAAAAGAUGUUGGGACGGUUAAGGUAUAAGUAUCUGGAUAAGUUGAUGAUGUCGGAUUUUAAUGUUAUGAAGCAAACAUUCGUGAAGCAUUAUGCAACUGUCAAAAAAAUGGUUAGGUUUAAAAGGAUGAAGUUGAUUGAAGAAAAGAAGAAGGAAAUCACAAGUGUGCUGCAGUAG